CUUAAAUGUCACAUAUAUGCGGACUACCUGCAUAAGUGUAUUGUCAAUUCUUAGACCAAGAAUAAAAAAGUUUUGGCUGUAGCACAAAUUAAAUGGCUGCUGCAUAUCGAGCCUAUAACGGGAAACUGACAUCAACAUAACAAUAUCUGACGAUGGCGUCGCCUUACUAUUGGUUCGACCUAUCAGAUGAAGACAGUGACUUUGAAACAUUAUUCGCCGAAGGUCUGACGUUAUCUAAAAGUGCGUCUUUAUCCCUAUCUGAAAACGAACCUGACAAAGAAGUAGAUGAUGGUUUGCACGGAAAUCUUCCUUCUUUGAGUGAUGUGGAGAUAGACAGAGAGUUUGUACAUGUGGAAAGACAACUCGGUGAAGGUGCCUUCGGGACUGUUCAUAAAGGAAAACUUAUGAAAGAUUAUUGUUCUUUAACGGUUGCUAUCAAAACGCUAAAGCAAGGUAUGAUGACUUCUAAAAAGUUUCUGGAUGAAGCAAGAACCAUGCACAAACUGGAACACGAUAAGGUUGUGGAACUGAUAGGUGUUUGCAGAGAUAAAGAGCCAAUCUUGAUAAUAACUGAGUAUAUGUGUAAUGGUGACCUGUGCAGAUUCCUGAGGAGGGACAGUGGUUUGACAAUUAAGAUUAGAGAGAUGAACUACUUUGCUUCUCAGAUUGCAGAUGGCAUGAACUAUCUGGAGUCGAAGGGAUUUGUACACAGAGACUUGAGGUGUGCAAACGUUCUUGUUGGAAUAAAACAUUUGGUAAAAGUUGCCGAUUUUGGACUUGCUCGGUUGGUUGACGAUUAUGACAGAUAUAUCGUUUUCUUAUUUUUAUGCUUUUGUCGAAGACGGAAUCUCUUUCUUAUUUUAGUUUAUUUAAGAUAA